GUUGUACGAGAAUUAUGCAGAGUUCCAUCCAUUUCUGCGUGUUUUGUGCGCAUCGUUCAAAUUUUUAAAACAUGCAUCUUUUGUUGUUACCAUGGCGAUCAGUUAUCAACAUUUUUAAAACGCACCGAGCAACGGAAAGAAAGAACGAUGGCUAUUGUGGUGAAAUCAUCAAAGAAAUCUGACUUUGAGUCAGCGCUGUGUAAGCACUCCAGCUCCCUGAAUCCUGUCUCCUCUGGAGACCUGGACAACGGCAGCUCCAGCUGGAGUGUCGACUCUUCUACAGCUGAGCUUUCAAGGAGCAUUGCUACCUGUUUGGCUCUCAUCGUUAAAGAUUAUUAUGAUGGCAACACAACACUUCCUGCUGAGAGGCCAAAUGAGCAAGUGGCCAUCAGCUGUGGCGAUGGCAUCAGUCUGCCGCAAAAGAUCCUGUUUCCACCAGAGCGCCUCAGCUUGAAAUGGACUCAGGUCCAUCGUAUUGGAGCAGGUCUCCAGAACCUGGGCAACACAUGUUUUCUGAAUUCAGUUCUUCAGUGUCUUUCAUACACUGCACCACUUGCUAACUACAUGCUGUCCAGAGAACAUUCCAAAACAUGUCAUGAGCCCGAAUUUUGCAUGCUGUGUACCAUGCAGAAUCACACCAUUCAGGUGUUUGCUAAUUCGGGGAAUGCCAUCAAGCCCCUUGGUGUGUUGCAUGAACUAAAACGGAUUGCACAGCAUUUCCAGUGUGGGGAUCAAGAAGAUGCCCAUGAGUUCCUGCGGUACACAGUGGAUGCUAUGCAAAAGUCCUGCCUGCCUAACACUGAAUUGGACAGGCAAACGCAGGCUACUACUCUGAUCCAUCAGAUAUUUGGCGGAUAUUUCAGGUCCAGAGUGACGUGUAUGAACUGCAAAGCAGUAUCAGACACAUUUGAUCCUUUUUUGGAUAUUGCACUGGACAUCAAGAAUGCCCCGACUAUUCUCAAGGCUUUUGAGCAGUUUGUUAAGGCUGAACAGCUCGAUUGGGAGAAUGCCUACAAGUGCAGCACUUGUAAGGAAACGGUUCAGGCCUCAAAAAGAUUAAGCAUUCACCGCAACUCCAAUGUGCUCACUGUCUCUCUGAAGCGCUUUGAUGACUUCAAUGGAGGCAAAAUCUCCAAGGAUGUGAGAUACACUGAGUACUUUGACUUGCGGCCAUACAUGUCCCAGUCUCACGGAGAGCCGCAGAUUUACGGGCUGUAUGCUGUGCUGGUGCACUCAGGCUUCAGCUGCUAUGCCGGACACUACUACUGCUACGUAAAAGCAAGUAAUGGCCAGUGGUAUCAGAUGAAUGAUUCAUCAGUGACACCCACUGAUAUACAAUCUGUGCUGAACCAGCAAGCAUACCUGCUGUUCUACAUCAAGCAAAGGUCUACAGAUCUGGAAAAUGGAGAUUUUAACCAGAAGGGUUUUACUCAAGGUCAUUCAUCUCCCCGACCAGUAACACCUAAGCAAAACGGGCAUUCUUAUACCUCCUCGACCAUUAUCGGUCCACAGCUCCCUCCUACUAUGGUAAAGAAUAACUCGUAUGUCUAUGGCAACGGCUCCUCCAAGAAGUACCACAGCUCAAAGCCCAGCAGCAGUGACAUCAGCAGUGUGAGCAAAGCCACCUCCAAUGUGUCUUACUCUUCCACCCCAUCCUCCACUUCUCAUCAACCCGUCCUCCCCACGGGCAUGAAGAGUAUCAAGAUGAGAUUUACUCUCAGCAAUGGAAAGGUGAUGCAGUGCAGAAUCGUGGAAAACGACACUCCUAAGCCUUCUGGUGUUGCCAAGGCAUCCAGUGGGAACGAUGGCAUGCACAGUCCUCACUUUAAUAGUUCAAGCUCGCAUUCGCCUAAGUCAAACAGAUCUAACAGCUUCUCCGAAUCUCACAUGGGUACAAAUGAGUCAGGAAUUGGUCAAGUCAAUGGCUUCAAACAUUCUGACAAGUACAAUGGAGAGCAGAGCAGCAAUAGAGCAAAGCCCUCAUCUCCAUGUACCACUAGCCCUUUGCCCUGGCAUGGGACCAGAAAACGCAGCUUGUCUGGUGAAGACAGCAUGUCUGAGGAGCACAGGGCCAAGAAAUUUAAAAAAUCAAUGAAGAAAAAUAUAGACAAGCACAGUAGUUCAGAAUGGGACGUGUCUGUCAAGAACCAGGACAGCAGCUCCAGCCAACAGAACAAAAUGAAGAAGAGGAGGCAUGAGUCAGAGGACAGACUUCACAGAGAGGGACAGUCCUCAGACAAGCAUGAUUGGAAAGGCAGGAAUAGAGAGGAGAGAAAGAGCCAUAAGCACCAGCGCAGCUCUGACAGAGAUAGUUCUCCUCACCGUUCCAAUCUGCCAUCUAUCAAGGAUCUUCGUCAGUGGUUUCUCAGUAGGAAGAUUUCCUCACGUGAAGGAGACAUGGGAGAGACAGGCCCUGUGCCGUGCAGAUGAAACAGUGAAUUCUGGAGAUCUGCCUCUGACCUAUGGUCUUAGAGGACAAAGGAAAACUUCACUUUACAAAAUACUGUAAUGUUGUAAAUAUUACACACUUUGCUAAAUAUUUUAAUAUUGAAAGCAUUUUACACUUUAUUAAAUAUUUUAAAUAUUGUACAUUAUUAAAUAAAUGCUUUACACUUUUUUUUUAGGGUUAAGGAUUAUUUUUACCAUGCUGUACACCUGAAUGUUGAAUAAAAACUCAAUGAAAAAUGUUUAAAAAAAAAAAAUGAAUAUAUACACUUAAACCAGAAGAAGAAGCCUGGAGCUUUAUCAUCAAAAUUGCUGCUCAGACAUAGACUCAGGACUUUCUCACUUGUGAAGAUGACACACAUUCUCCCUUUAAGGACACAUAUCUGGGAAUGAUGGA